AUGGGUGUAGACGGACUCAUAUUCCUGGACAACAACGGACGGCCUAUCAUUCAGUCGGGAUUUCGUUCGACCACUCCAGCUUACCCCCUCCUCCACAUUGAUGCAGUGAAUAACGCGAUUUCAAAGGCUCCUCGACCCGAAGACGUUGAUCCAGUUGUCCACGUAUCUGCGUACAACAUUGAUGACUCUCCCGGUGCUUGUUGCCAUGUCCAGUGCGCGGACAUGAGAAUCCUCUGUCCCAUUAGCGGAAAUGGGAAAACUUUGAUGUCGUAUAUCAAUGUUGCUGGCGCGAAUAUAAACACGACGAUUAACUCUGGCUCUGGCCUCGGUGCUGCUGGUGGUGCAUUUUCGUCACCCAUACCAUGGCGUAAAGCUGGCCUGAGAUACGCCUCUAACGAGAUAUACUUUGAUAUGGUUGAAAAGUUAAAAGCUGUCGUUAAUCGGAACGGUGUCUCUCUCGCUAGUACCGUCGUAGGCAAGAUAGAAACAAAUUCUAGACUAUCUGGAACACCUGAUUGUCUCCUAUCGUUUACAAACCCUCAAGUCCUUGCCGAUUGUGCAUUCCAUCCAUGUAUUCGCCUUAACAGAUGGUCCAGGGAUAAAACAUUUUCGUUUGUUCCUCCGGAUGGGAAGUUCAUACUUGCAGAAUACCGAUACUCACCAAAUCCCUCCACAUCAGCUACUGGGUCAUCAGCUCCUCCUACCGUCAGGGAUAACGUUCCUAUACCAUUCGUACUGAAACCUAACUUUGAUAUCGAGGACCAAACCGUUUCUUUUGACGUAACGUUGACCUCCCGGUUAAAUGGGCGGUCUUUAGAAAAUCUUGUUAUCGAAUUGAAUUUAGGAGAAGGAGCUUCGGGUAUUAAAUGCGUAGCUGGUCGGGGAACGGGUGGCCUGGGUCGUGGAGGUAUCGGGGCAAUGGACGUCGUUGGUGGAAGUAGUGGAGCAUCGUGGGCGUUUGAUUCUCGAAAGAAGGUGUUGAAAUGGGAGAUCAUCAAUGUUCCACCUUCGAGCAGUUGGAAUCUUCGAGGAUCAUUCUCUACCCCCAUUGUUCCUCGACCAUCGCAUGCGUUGCAAGUGAAAUUCGAGAUACAGUCGUACACAUUCUCCUCAUUGAAAGUUGAACAACUCAAAAUCAUCGGCGAAACCUACAAGCCAUACAAGGGAGUUAGGGGUAGAUCUAUUGGCGAUGUUGAAUGGCGAUGGUAA